AUGGGAAGUGCAGAGGCAAGUGUAUUUAGUGUCCUUCAGCAUGUCCUCAGUGCUGGACCCCAUGUCAAGAGGGGCAGCAAUGCCACUAGCUUCGUAUACCAGGCGGUUGCCAAGGGAACUCACCAGCCAUCUGAUGCUUCUGCUUUUAAUGCCAGUCACUCAGGUUCUGGACUCUUCAGGAUUUACUCUAUCUCCCAGGCAGCCACUGAUAGAGAUGCUUUCACGGCUGCCUACAAAAAAGUGAAACCAGUUGCUCAAGGAAACCUUUCCAGUGCAGAUGUCCAAGCUGCCAAGAACAACCUGCAAGCUGGAUGUCUCAUGUUGGUAGAGUCUUUGGAGGGCUUCCUGGAUGAAGUUGGGUCCCAAGCUCUUGUUGCUAGUUCUUAUGUGCCACUGUCCACAGUCGUUCAGCAGAGUGACUUGGUGACUGAUGCUGAUAUCAUAAAUGCUGUGAAGAAGUUUGUUUCUGGCCAGAAGUUGAUGGCAGCAAGUGGAAAUCUGGGUCAUAUACCUUUUGUUGAUGAGUUAUCAUAUGGAAGCAUGUAUUACAGGACAAAGCUGAACAUUUUCUCAGCCCAUGACAGAAAACACAUCAAAGUUAAAAGUCUCUAA